AUGUCUACUUCUGUAAAACAUGCCAAUUUUAUAUCAGAAACAAUGGGAGAUAAACCAGUAACAGAAGUUGCAGGAAUCGGAGAAGUUUAUGGAAAUAAAUUAAAAGAUGAUGGUUUUGUUAAAGCAUUUCAUUUAUAUGGUCAAUUUUUAAUUCUUGAUAAAAACAAGGAACUUUUUAGUGAAUGGUUAAAAGAUACGUAUUCUAUUAAUUUAAAACAUGCAAAUGCAUGUGCAGAAUGUUUAUCUGAAUAUGCCGAACAACAUUUAUAA